GUUUAUACCGUCUUUGUAGAUUUAGGGUUUCGUGUAGAUUCUCAUGAAUUUUGUGCAAAACCCAUAUGAAUCUUGCUUAUAUUUUGUUGAUUUUAAGUGGGUGUGUCAGUGGGUUUUGAAUUAUUUCAGCUAAUAGCAAGCUUUCACUUGUCAAUGGAGGUUUUUGAAAACCCUAAAAGUGGGUUUUUGAUUGAUGGAAAUGGAAAUCUUUGAAGGGAAGAAGAUGACAGAUGUAACCCUAACUGGGGUUUCUUCAAUUUCUCAGCCUAAUUUAGAGGAAACAGUUGUUACAACGACAGUUUCGGUUGUUAAGAUGGUUCAAGAGGAUAAAGAAGAUGAGGUGAUGAAGAAUGUGGAAAAAGGGGAAGGGGGUGAGGGUAUGGAGAAGGUUAAUGAAGGGCUUUUUGGUAAUUUGGUUGGUGGUGGUGAUGAUGAAGGUGUGAAUGUGAAUGGUAAUGAGAAUGGGGCAUCUAUGGCUAUGGAUGUGGAGGUUUCUUUGUUUGGAGAAGAAGAAGAUGCAGGUGGCGAAAAUCUGGUUUCGGAGGGGAACGUGUGUGUCGAAAAGGCAAGUGGGGAUCCGAUGGAGAUCUGUUUAUCGGCGGAGAAACAGAAGAACGACGAAAAUGGAAACAGAAUCUUUGGUGGGGAAAAUGUCGAAAACAGGGAAGAUAAUGGCGACAAGUUAGUAGAAAACAAAGGCGAACACGAGGAAGAAGAAGAAGAUCACGGUUUUGCUGUAGGGGAUUUCGUGUGGGGCAAAAUCAAGAGUCACCCAUGGUGGCCGGGCCAGAUAUACAACCCGUCUGACGCAUCUGAUAAUGCAGCGAGAUUGAAACGUAAAGGUCGAAUCUUGGUUGCGCAUUUUGGGGACGGAUCGUUUUCUUGGUGUUCACCGUCGCAGUUGAAGCCCUUUAUCGACCACUUUCCAGAAAUGUCGAAGCAGAGUGACUCCAAGAAGUUUGUGAAUGCGGUUCAAAUGGCUCUGGAAGAAGUUAGUAGGCUUGUGGAGGCGGGGUUAACGUGUAAAUGUCAAACCGUCAAUCGUGUUGAUCAUGCUGGUGUCGUGAACAAAGGGAUCAAGGAAGGAGUGCCGGUUCCUAAAGGGAACACGAUCAAGGUGUUGAUGGACCGCAUAGAGCCAGUUGAGCUUCUUUCGAUUCUGAAAGAUUUUGCUACAAUGGACCCUGGUGCAGGACUAGCUGAGCUUGAACUCGCUUUACUGAAGAGUUUGUUGAAUGUUUUUUAUAGUAAGAAAGGCGGUUACUUGUUGGUUAAAUACCAUGAUCCAAUGUGUAUUGAUGGUCUUGAAUACGAGUCGCAAACUGGGGUCGUUGCUGAUUCUGAAAUGAACGGUCCUUCGGAGAGCAUAGACAAUGGCGAUAAUAAGUUGUAUCAGAAAAGGAAACAGAAGAGUGUGGCAGAUUUGAUGAAAGAGGAUGAACCUAAAGACAAGAAAGCGAAAACUCCCAAAGAUGGAGGUUCUAGUAAGAGAAAAAGGAAGGCGUUGAUGGUGUCGGUUACACCGGAAACCGACCAUGAAAAUGGCGGUGGCGGUGGUGUUGAAGAAGAAACGAUGUCGCCACGCCAAAGGAAGAAAAGCAAGUAUCUUUCACCGCCUUACUUAAGUCCCGUCGGGGGCGGGAGACUUUCCGUUUUUGGUUCCGGUUCCGGCCCUUUCAAAGAACCCAAACCCGAAUCCGAACCUGAGAAAGUUGCGGAAAUGGCUGCUAAACCUUUUGAGGAUUCAUUGAAGAAGAGCAGCGGGAAGAAAACCCGUCAAAACAAAGGUGUUCGUGAAGGUUCUGAUUCUCAAGAAGAACCGAAGACGAAAAGCACUACCGGUGCUGCUGUGAAUGUGAAGAAGGUGUUACACGGGCUGUUACGUGUAGCUCUCGAUCCUACAUCUUUUACGGAGAAAAACCUCCCUGCGGUUACCGAUUUCGUUUCUUCCUACCGGAGCUCCAUCUUCAAAGAAGGUUCGAGCCACCAGACUGACCAAUCGAUCUUGAAUGAAGGUUCCAGCCACCAGACCGACCAAAAGAAAAAAGCUCGAGGCACAUCGGACGUGGCGUUUAUCAAGGAGAAGCUCGAGUCGAUGAUGGAGAUUGUGCAGGGGUGUGCGGAAACCGAAAUGAGUGCAGAUGUGAAGGCGAGUCUGGAAGGAGAGAUACAAGAAGUUCUUCAGAAGGUUGGUAAACUGAAGGGGAAGUGAGUUUAAUGUUUUAUUAUUUGGUAGUAGUACAUUAGAUAAAUAUUUAUUUUCUUAUGUUUUCGCUAGGACUUCACCUGCUAUCGCGUAUCGAUAGAUCUUGGUCUUUAAGUUGUUUCAGCACAUUAGUUUGUAGGUUGUCGUAGACGAAUUUGCGCAAAUAGUUCUGAUACAUCGUUGAUCGUUGAGAACUAGUACAAUGUCGUUCCAA